GUAAGGUUUUAAGACAAAUUCUAAAUUUUAAUUACAUUAAAUGCAUGGAAAAGACUCUUAAAAUGACGUUGCUACGUGUGAACCGGAGGACUUGGGUUGACAGCUAACAUGCUGUCGUGUUGACAAAAAAACUCCCUUUCGUUUUGACAAGUGGUAAAAGUGUCCUUGUAAUGUAUUUUUAACAACAAUAACCUUUUAAAUAAUGAAAACUAAACUAAAAUGUAUUUUUAGUAGUAACUAGAUAACAAUGUUAACUUUACUUAGUGAAAUCCAUUUUUGGAGCACUCAAGAGGAUGUCAUCGUGAAACACACAGAUUUCGGUUCAUUUAAGUAUUACUCGAAGAAAGACACAAACGACUCUCUUUGUUACCUAAGUAAGAAAAAAUACUGCGAAGACAGAGACGUACUAUGGCACUUACCAAACAAGCGGCCUCAGAGACUCCGCGACCGCUUACGCGAACUCGAAGAGUACCUACUCCACAACAAAAUCGUCAGUUUUUCGUGGUCAGACAACCAGUUGCAACUCCUUUUAUCGACAGGUGUUCUCGUCACCCUCACCAUCAACAUCAAAACCGGCGAUUUACUCAAUAUACAGUUCGAAAAACAACUGGCCAGCAAACUCCAAGUUAACAUUCUGUGUGAUGGCAUAAUCCUAGGUCAACAAAUAAUCUGCAUUUGUAACGACGGGCACGUUUUGGGGUACGGGGGCCAGUGGAGAGAAGGUUGGAUUGUUGAAGGGGGCCCUCGCCGCCAUUUAAACUUCCACGGCGACUGGUUGGCGGUUUGGGGCAAAGCUGAAGCGGAACACCCGCAGCCGUGGAGCCCGUUAGGAAAAGACUACCAAAGAGCGAACUUACACUUGUACUGGGUGGGCGCGAGGGGGCCCGAAUUACUAGCAUACAAAAAAACGGACGGGGACCCCAUUGAUGUGAUUGUGAGUAGGCACACCAAAAGGACUUUGAUUUUAAUUGAGCAGAAAGUGACGCUACGGGGAUCCGUGUCCGUGGAAGUCAAUAAUCUGGAGUUGGUGGGGUCGAAUCUCAAGCGGAUUUCGGUGAUUUCUGUGCCUUUGCAAACUCAAGUUAGCUGUUGCGCGUUGAGCGAGAAGGAAGACCGGUUGUUGAUUGGGUGUAUUGAUGGGUCUUUGGCUUUGUUGGAUAGGCAUAGAGGGUCCACGAGGACCGUCAAGGGGCUGUUUAUACCAAAGUUCGCCCGGUGGAACCCGUCGGGGGCGGUCGCUGUGAUUUUAAAUGAACGAGGGCAGUUGCAGUAUUUUGAUACAGCUUUAAAUAGUAUAAAGUCGCAGAUGAUGGGGGAGGAUUGUACUCCGACGGCUUUGGUGGACUUGUCUGGGUAUUUCAAUACGCAGUUUACGAUAAGCUCGCUCAGUUGGGGGCCGAAAGACUUAGUUCUGGCGUUAGAGCAAGGACCCAUGCUUCUGAUUUCUCAUGUUGACAGAUCUCUGACGUUUAAAGCGCUUGCGCAAAGGUACCUCAAGAUGGGUAAAAUAGACAAGGCGAUUAGACUUCUGCUGAGUUGGGACUUCAACGAAGAAAGUUUCAACAUUUUACAAAAAGUGGUCGCGUAUUUAUUAUCCCGUGCAAUGACUGAAGAAAUCGCAAAAUAUCUCCAAGACGCUCUAGGCUGCUUCCACAGCCCCCCAGUCCCCAUCCCCACCGAAAUUCGAAACCGCUUCUUCACCCAAGUUUUCUCACUAACCCGUCGAUUUUUCCACCAACUAGUGAGAGCCGAAAUGUUCGAAACCGCUUUUCUUUUAGCUGUAGACCUCGGCCACCACGAUCUCUUCAUGGACCUACACUACAUCGCCGUCCGAAUCGGCGAAACCGAAAUGGCCGCCGCCGCCAGAGCUCAAGCCUCGGCUUUACUCAGCCGCUGCUCCAGCGAAGCCUCCAACUGCACCCGCUCGUCGUGCUCGCAAUGUUCGGACUCCGCAAGCAGCGAAGAACCCGAAAACCCCCAAGAGAACUUCCUCACCACCAACUUCAACCAAGCUCAACCAAAAACCUACAAGAACUUCGUCCCCCCAGUCCCCAAUCUCACGUACACCCCUAGGGCCACGUUCGUGCGCGCACCGCAAGUCCCCCCGACUUUCGUGGCGGGGAAUUUCAGAGGGAACGUGCAACCGCCGCCACUGCCAUUCGCGCCGCCGUUACCCAACCUGGGAAUUCCCUUCAGGAACACACAAACUAGAGUCAAUUAUAAGAAUUCGUUUACGCCGAUUAAACCCGCGACGCCGCCGCCCCCACUUCCGUCGACGUCGGGAACGCAGCACUACACGGGGGCGGUGAAAAAGCCGCAAGCCAAAGUCAAGUUUUCGGAUACGGUGACGGCGUUCAUCGUUCCUGAAAUCAAGAGGCCGGUGCGGCCGCCCCCGCCGCCACAUUUAACAGACCCGCAGAAGGAGUUGGCGGAUAGCUUGCCACUGUGUCACCCGAAUGAGGACUACUUGAAGGAUUUUACGCCGAUGAGGAAGAACGAAGGGGCUGAGGGGGAGAGUCAGCCGAAGAUUAAAGUCGUACACUUUGGGGUGGUUUGAGACCGCAGGCGACGAUGAUUGGUUGUUGUUUACGUCACGUGACAGGUGACAGGUACACACUUUUUCUGUAAGAACGACGUUUUUACACUUCCUUAGGAACUAAACGUUCUUACAAAAAAAAAGAUCGACUGUUUUAUAUUACUCGCAACGUAUCCGUCCGUUAAGUACAAAUAUAAUAUUGUUUAUGUAUACG